AUGAGCGGCAACAAACAGGCGAAAAAUAAGAGCGGCGACAAAGAUGAUAACGGACAAAACAGCGAGGACCUGUAUCCGCUAGCACUUUUGAUGGAUGAGCUGAAGCAUGACGACAUUGCCAACCGAGUGGAAGCGAUGAAAAAACUCGACACAAUCGCACUAGCGCUCGGACCGCAGAGAACGCGCGAUGAGCUGGUUCCUUUUUUGACGGAGGUAGCUCAAGACGACGAAGAUGAAGUUUUUGCCGUCUUAGCAGAGCAAUUAGGCAAGUUCGUGCCGUUUAUUGGCGGUGCGAAGUUUGCGACACUACUGCUGCCAGCGCUGGAGAUCCUUGCAUCAACCGAAGAAACCUUGGUCAGAGAUAAAGCGGUUGAGUCUCUAAACAACAUCGCACAAGAAUUGUCGGAAGAGCAGCUCUUCCAUGACUUCAUUCCUCUCAUUGAGCACUUAGCCACUGCCGAAUGGUUUUCCUCGAAGGUUUCAUCGUGCGGCCUGUUCAAGUCUGUGCUUGCUAGAGUCAAAGACGACAAGUUCAGAAAAGAACUGCUGGCUCUUUAUUUGCAACUAGUGCAGGAUGAUACCCCUAUGGUGAGACGUGCUGCAGGCAAAAACCUUCCGGUGUUGAUAGACUUGCUGACCCAAAAUCCUGAUCUUUCUACUUCCGAAGACUGGGACUACAUUUCAAGCAUGUUCCAGAAGAUUGUUAGCGAUACCCAAGACUCCGUCAAGUUUUUGGCAGUAGAUAUCCUCGUUUCCAUUCUCAAAUUUUUCAACACGAAACAUGACACAACUCACUCAAAGGACCUCUUGCGCUCCGCUAUUCAGCUGAUCACUGAUGAGGCUUGGAGAGUCCGCUACAUGGCCGCCGACCGGUUUGACGACCUAGCAUCCCAGUUCAAAUCCAAUCCAGAGUAUAUUGAGGAACUUUCAGGUCCUUUCCUGGCCCUAUGCGAGGACAAUGAGAGCGAUGUCAGAAAGGGAGUUGCGAAGCAGCUCCCAGGGUUUUCUAAGCUACUUGGUGACCCUCAAGUUGUGCUGAAAAAGGUACUUCCUGCUGUGCAAAAUCUGAGCAUGGAUGAGAGCGAAAUAGUGAGAGCUUCCUUGGCCUCUGAGAUUACAAACUUGGCUCCUCUCAUCCCCAAGCAAGAUGCAAUUGACAGCCUAAUUCCCAUAUUGCUCAACAUGCUAAAGGACGAGUAUCCUGACGUGCGUCUAAAUAUUAUUGCGAAAUUGAAGGUUGUGAAUGAAGUCGUAGGCAUCGAUCUUUUAUCGGAGAGCUUGCUACCUGCGAUAACAGAGCUGGCGAAAGAUGUCAAUUGGAGGGUCAGAAUGGCAAUUAUUGAUUAUAUCCCGCUGCUGGCGGAGCAACUAGGAGUCCAGUUUUUUGACCAACAACUGGGAGAUCUGUGUUUGUCGUGGUUGUGGGAUACUGUUUACUCAAUUAGAAGCGCUGCUGUGGUUAAUUUGAAGAAUUUGACGAAGAUCUUUGGGUCUGAGUGGUCCAGCAGCAAGAUAAUUUCACGACUACUGAAGUCCGACUCCCAGCUGCUGGAGAACUUUGUGUACAGAAUCACACUUCUCUCUGCAUUAACUGAGCUAGUACCAGUAGUAUCAACCGAAGUCACAACUGAAAAAAUCCUCCCAUUUAUAAAUCACCUCGCUGAAGACUCUGUUCCUAACAUCAGAUUCAAUGUUGCGAAAUCAUACGCUGUGGUUGUUGAAAGCCUAGCCGAGGAGAAAGGCAAAUACAAGGACUUGAUAAACAAGUCUAUCAUUUCGUCCUUGGAAAAGCUUUGCCAAGACAGCGACAUUGACGUUAGGUACUUUGCAAGCCAAAGUCUGGAGAAAUGUCAAAACCUAUUGGCUUAG